UGGAUGGGGUUGGGCCGGUGGUGCGGGAUGCAGUGGAUGGGGUUGGGCCGGUGGUGCGGGAUGCAGUGGAUGGGGUUGGGCAGGUGGUGCAGGAAGCAGUGGAAGGGGUUGGGCCGGUGGUGCGGGAUGCAGUGGAUGGGGUUGGGCCGGUGGUGCGGGAUGCAGUGGAUGGGGUUGGGCCGGUGGUGCGUGAUGCAGUGGAUGGGGUUGGGCCGGUGGUGCGGGAUGCAGUGGAUGGGUGGAUGGGGUUGGGCUGGUGGUGCGUGAUGCAGUGGAUGGGGUUGGGCAGGUGGUGCGUUGCAGUUGAUGGGGUUGGGAUGGUGGUGCGGGAUGCAGUGGAUGGGGUUGGGCAGGUGGUGCGGGAUGCUGUGGAUGAGGUGGUGCGGGGUGCAGUGGAUGGGGUUGGGCCGGUGGUGCGGGAUGCAGUGGAUGGGUUUGGGCCGGUGGUGCGGGAUGCAGUGGAUGGGGUUGGGCCGGUGGGCGGGAUGCAGUGGAUGGGGUGGUGCGUUGCAGUUGAUGGGGUUGGGAUGGUGGUGCGGGAUGCAGUGGAUGGGGUUGGGCAGGUGGUGCUGGAUGCUGUGGAUGAGGUGGUGCGGGGUGCAGUGGAUGGGGUUGGGCCGGUGGUGCGGGAUGCAGUGGAUGGGUUUGGGCCGGUGGUGCGGGAUGCAGUGGAUGGGGUUGGGCCGGUGGGCGGGAUGCAGUGGAUGGGGUUGGGCCGGUGGUGCGGGAUGCAGUGGAUGGG